AUGGAUUCUGUAUCAGGUGGUUUCGUACCAAUGAAAUCAAUUUAUUUAAGAAAUAAAAAAUUACAAAUAAUACCAAAUGGUGGUGGAAUCGGUGAUUUUUUGUCAACGGCCGUACAAGAUGGUAUAUCAACUACUUCCGCUUUUAAAAGUCCAACCAUGUUUCUAGGAGGUUUUUCCAUACUAAUGCAACCAUUACCAAACGGUACAGAAUUUGCUGGACAAUUUACCCAAUCUCUUCCACAUUAUUUUAAUUUGGUUCCAGUUUUGGUACAUAAAAAUUUCAACAAUGACGUCAUAGUCGUAGAUAAUAAUUUUAAAUGUUUUAUUUAUUGUCUUUAUUAUAAUUACGGUUGGAUGAACGAAAAAGGAAAUUUUAAAUAUGUCGAAAUGAAAAAUACGUUGGAAGAAAGUAGUCUGGAGGAAUCAUCGAUUGAAUACCUUUUGGAUUCUUGCACGGAAAUAGCCAACGUUUGUUCCAUCUAA